UCAGGUACCAUCACAUGGUUUCACGGAACUCUGCAACCAACCGGUCGGACCAGAUUCUGGCCGAAUCAUGUGACACAGUGAGUAGUUCAGUGGAAGUCAGAAGUGUGUCAGUCAUCUGUCGCCUGUGUAAUGGAGAAGAUCGGUGUGGAAGUGCUCUCCUGCUCCAUCUGUCUGGAUCUUUUGAAGGAUCCAGUGGGUCUCCACUGUGGACACAGCUUCUGUAAGCUGUGUAUUGAAGGUUACUGGGACAGACUAGAUGAGAGGAACAUCUAUGAGUGCCCUCACUGCCGGCAGACCUUUACACAGAGGCCUCUCCUGCAGAAGAACGUCAUGUUAGCAGAGCUCGUGGAGGAGAUAAAAAAGGCUGGACUUCAAGCUGAUGAGCCCUCCUAUGCUGGACCUGGAGACGUGGCCUGCGACUCCUGCACUGAGAUGAAGCUGAAAGCCCUCAAGUCAUGCUUGGUGUGUCUGGCCUCCUUCUGUGACAAGCACCUCCGAGCUCAUCUAGAAGAGCCAGCCUUCAGGAGACACAAGCUGGUCCCCCCGUUUAAGCAGCUCCAGGAGAUCAUCUGCUCUCAUCAUGAUGAGGAGAAGAAGAUGUUCUGUCGUACUGAUCAACACGGAAUUUGUCCUCUCUGUGCUGUGGACCAACAUAAAGACCAUGACAUCGUCUCGGCUGCAGUAGAGAGAAGGGAGCGAGAGGAUGAGGUGGUUCAGCAUCGUGGUAGGAUCCAGCAGAGGAUCCAGGCGAGAGAAGAUGACGUGAAACGGCUUGAGGCGGAGGAGAAGAACAUCAUUAUUGCUGCUGAUGAAGCUGUGAAGGAGAGUUGGAGGAUCUUCAACCAGCUGAUUCUGAACAUCCGGAGAAGAAUGUCUGAUGUGGAGCAGCAGAUCAGGUCCCGGCAGCAGACUGGAGCUGCUCUACUCAAAGGACUACAGAAGCGGUUGGAGCAGGAGAUCGCUGAGCUGAAGAAGAAAGAUGCUGAACUGCAGCAGCUGUCCCACACAGAGAGUCACACAAUAUUCCUCCAGAGCUUGUCCUCACUCUCAGAGGUCAGUGACGACGCGCUCUCCUCCAGGACUCAUGUCAAUCCUUACCGCUCCUUUGCGGAGGUGACAGCAGCUGUGUCAGCCAGCAGGGACCGACUCCAGAACGUCCUGGGAGACACAUGGACCAACAUCUCUCUGAUGCUCGCUCCAGAGCCCAAAACCAGAGCCCAGUUCCUCCGAUAUUCUCGUGACAUCGCUCUGGAUCCAAACACUACACACUCACUGUUGUUGUUGUCUGACGGAAACAGGAAAGUGACCUACAUGGGUGAAGAUCAGUCUCCUCCUCAUCAUCCAGAUAGAUUCACCGAUCAGUAUCAUCACCAGGUCCUGAGCAAAGAGAGUCUGACUGGACGCUGUUACUGGGAGGUGGAGUGGACUGGAAGAGUUAACGUAACCGUCUCAUACAAGGACAUCAGCCGAUCGGGAGAAGAAAGUUUAUUUGGUUUUAAUGACAAAUCGUGGUCCUUAUUAUGUCGCAACUCUGGUUGUUUUUUUACACACAACAAGGUGACAACUGAAGUCUCGGGUUAUAGGCCCUCCAGACUGGGAGUGUACCUGGAUCACUCUGCAGGUCUUCUGUCCUUCUACAGCGUCUUUGACUCUAUGACCCUCAUCCAUAGAGUCCAGACCACGUUCACUCAGCCUAUACAUGCUGGAGUCUACGUUGGUUUCUCAUCCGCGUGUGAGUUCCUGAAGCUGAACUCGACAACGGUGUGAGAAUGAAUUGUGUCUCACAAAUGCUCUACUGGUUCUGUUGGUUCUUCACGUCUUUGCUUCUCUACUUUGUUAAUGCUGUGAAAGCUGUAAUCCAGAGGUGAAAUGAGUUUUAUGAUUUCUGUACAGUA